AAUUGACCGAAAGCUGCAACGUGGAGAGUCAACGUUCGAAGUUGCGAAGAGCAAGAAAUCAAUCAAUCCACAUUUUUCAUUUUUGACAUCAGAAAUCAAUCGGAGAAAAAGACCCUCUUCCGCGUUUUAGCCGUUUAUUUGUCUCCUCUAUAAACCUUCUGCUUCUCGUUCAUCACAAACAAACAAAGAAUCAUCCUAAUUCCUGAAUCCCCCAAAGCUGCUUCAUAGGAAUACACGAAUCAAUCAAUCAAACUCAAAUUCAUAUAAUUCCUUGAAAACCCUGAUGAUGGAGUCUAACCCAACCCCAAAACCUUCGGAUUCAACCCAGGCUUCGAAACCCGACGACCUUCAUCACUCUGCCGACUAUGCUCCCUACCCGACAAUCGACCUCAAGGAUGUGAACCCGCCUCCGCCUGCUACUGGGUCGGAUCCCCACCGAGCUUCAUCGCCGCCGACACCCCCUUCUGCUCCCACGUCGUCGGAAAUUCCGGCUGCUCCGAUCUCCGGCUCCCCUGCAACUUCCAUGCCUGCUGAAUCCAAUCCCUACGUCUCCCCUGCUCCCGCUCGUGGUCCCGGUUCUUCUGUCAAGAAUACAAUGGAUACCGUGAAAGAUGCUUUGGGUAAGUGGGGAAAGAAGGCAGCAGAGGCGACUAAGAAGGGUCAAGAUUUGGCUGGGAAUAUGUGGCAGCAUUUGAAAACUGGCCCCAGUUUGGCUGAUGCUGCUGUUGGAAGGAUAGCUCAGGGUACGAAGGCUUUCGCCGAAGGUGGGUAUGAGAAAGUAUUCAGGCAAUCUUUUGAGACUUCUCCAGAAGAGAAACUUCUGAAGUACUAUGCAUGUUACCUGUCUACAUCUGCUGGUCCUGUCAUGGGAGUCCUGUACCUGUCAAGUUUGAAGCUUGCAUUUUGCAGUGAUAAUCCUCUUUCAUAUAAAGUUGGUGAAGAAACUCAAUGGAGUUACUACAAGGUAUGCUUUCUCGCUUCAGGAUUUUCUCCAUUCAAUGUUGGUGAUUUUUGUUAUUUUCGUAUUUUUAUCCCUUGGGUUGAAUUACGCUUUUCAGAUGAAUGUGGGUUUUGAUUAGCAAACUCAUUCAUGACAGCACUUUGAAAAUUUGUGUUGGUAUUGCAUGAUUUCUUUGGCAUUUCAACCAGCGUGCUUUCUGAAAUAUGCCUUCCAAUUUAUUAAUUUAGUUGGGUUCUUAUGGAGAUCAAAGUUAAAAUGUUCUUGUAGAGGUUGCUAUAUUGUGAAAUCUUUGUUUGGAGAACCUUUUGAACUUGCAUUCGUUAGGAUGUUUUUCAUAUCUUUCAUUGCAUGAUUAGUAUUCAUAACAUGCCAAUUAGAGUUCCAUUAUUUUUGUGAUUUGGAGUUCUAUGUGUACCUUCUCUUUUCGGAGAGAUGCAGCUCAUAGAGCACUCUUCAUGUUGGCCUUUUGCUACCUCUUGUGGACUCAGUAACCUCCUCUUCUGCUCAUAAAUUCUGGAUGUUAUAAUUGAGAUUUAUUUCAUUCCACGUUAACUCCUCAAUCUGAUGAAUGAUGGCGGACUACCUUUCACUGGAAACAGGUGGUCCUCCCAUUACAGCAACUGAAAGCAGUCAAUCCUUCAGUAAGCAAAGUAAAUGCGGCUGAAAAGUUCAUCCAGAUUAUCUCUGUUGAUAACCACGAAUUUUGGUUCAUGGGAUUUGUAUACUACGAUAGUGCAGUGAAAAAUCUGAAAGGUAUUCUGGAGGGUCGUCAUUAGUAAUCAGCACAUUUCGUUCAGCAUGUUUGCCUCCCGGUUUGUAGAUAAACAAUUUGGUCGCUUGUUUUCACCUUUACCCCGUACUCGGGGAUAGAUUCUGUGCAUCCUUCAGUAUCAUAAGUUAGCUAUGGUGCGAAAUUCUUUCUAGUAAUGUAUACACAUACUGCUCAUUCUUAUUGUGUACGAAUGAAUUAUAGGUGUUGUGGAUUAUUUUUUUUUUUUAAUUUUUUUUUUUAUAUAUGUUGGAAGAAGCCCGAGGGCUUAGCUACAUUGGGUCCUAUCUAAGGUGUUGUGGGUUAUCUGUAAAUCAUCUCUAUUGUUGAAUGUUGGUUUGGUCAAAUAUGCAGUGAACAACUGAACAAGUAUUGUCAGUUACACAUGUCUAAAUGGUUCCUUACAUUUGGGCUUACUUGAUUUUACUCUAACAUUAACAUUUUAAUAUUGUAGUCCUAAAUAUUAUAUUUUUAUACUUUUUUGGUCUUAUUUCACUGUUUCGAUCAUUUUUCUGUCCAGUUCGAUGUUGACCGGUAGGUGACAUGCCGGAAUCAGGCAUAAGCCGUAGUGCUCUGUAACAAGCCACAUGCAUUGG